GUGUGCGCGACGUUCACCAUUUAUAUUUCGCAACUCCCUCCUGAUGCGGCAACUCGUAAACGCGAAUCUCGGAGUAUGUUACGAUCACACACGUGCUUGAGGCAUUCCAAUGUUUCGAUAAAAAUAAACCGCCGUGAUUUUUCGGGUUGAGUGGAUAUCCUCGUCAUCAACAGGAAAUUCCAACUAUUAAAUUUGCUUUUCGGGGUGUUUUAACUUUGUUUUUAAAUUUAGAUUUUUUUAGAAUAAAUAUGACACAUUGGUUUAAUGAUUUUUUGAAAUGAUCACUGCAUUUACACCGAAAAAGUUCAGUUCUAUGUGACCAUUACCAAGUGUAAUUCAAAUGCUCGUCCCAUUCUCGAGAGGAUAGUCGCACAGUUGAACGACAAAUUUGCCGGAGGGAGGAACGAUCGUGGACCCGAUGUACAGAGGUGAUAAAAAUAUACCGGAGGAAAAUCUCGGCUUUAAGCCAAGUGCCUGAGAGUAUGAAUAUAGGAUACAAAUGGAACUGAACGCGAAAAUAAACUGAAAACACUGGAAUGAUAUAAACCCGUGGAUUUGGCGUGAAAUCAGUGACUCCUGCAUUUUUAUUAAACCUGCGUUCAUAAAUAAGAUUUCAAAAGUGAUUGUGAAUGAGAAACGUGAAAACUAUUUUUACAUGUAACAGUGUGGCCGCUGAAAUCGGUAAAUCCCCGUGAUUCAAUCGAGCGAGAGUGUGAAGACGGUGGAGGUGGGUGGAUUUGUUUUGGUUGGACAGACUAUAAUCUGACCGGGUUCACCGGGUAAAUGAAUGUGUUUGCCCCAGGCAUUCGUGAUAGUGAUAGUGAAAUCGAGGGACGACAGGGGUGCUCGAUUUAAACACAUAAAUGUACGUGAGGAGUCCACAAUGGUGGCCUGGCUCCCGCAACAAAUUCUACUGCUUCUCAUACUCGUCACAGCGGAGACCACCUAUGUGUCAGAAAAGACAGUGAAAUGGAGUAUCCCAAGCGGUCGUAGGAAUGAAAAGUCAUCGACCCUUGGCUCGAGAGUCUCGUCGAGGCAGAAGGAGCAGAGAAGUGUGACUACGACUUCAAGUGACUUUCCCCAGGCCAUGCCAACUAGAGUGUCAAGAACCAAUAUUCGAAUAGAUAGAUUCACUCCAAUUGACGAUGAGCAUAAGACAUCAUCAGACAGGCUAUCCAUGAGUCGUUUCCAAAUCAGUCAGACUACUCUCGAAAGUAACCGAGGUUCACGAGGUCAAAACUUCAAUGUAAAAAGGUACGAGAUAGCACGUAAUGCAGAUAACCAAAUUGAACCAAAGAUAUCCAACAGCAAUUCAUUGCAAUCGAUUGGAGGCCAAUUGGUGAAGAUGGAAACGGUCCGAGCGCAGCUAACGAGCAUUGGUGGUUUCCCCUCAACCGCGAAACCAGGGGACCAGCCAGAUGACUCGACAAUGAGGGAAUCUCCAUGGUCAGUACCAGCAGAAUCCCUGAAACUUAAACCGAGGGAACCUAUCCCUACCGUCAAAGUAAAUUCACAAAUGGCUGUUAAAAUGCACUUUAAUAUGGGACUUAGGGAUAUAGUAUCAGUUAGCAAUGCAUAUCCGCAGAAUCCCCCGGUGACUAAAACCCAUGUUGAAUCGGAUUCCCAUCCAGUCAACACGAUUGGCCACUUCGCUAAAACUCAGAAUUCCCUCGAUUCAUCUAUCGAUUCACUUCAAUUUCAAUUCGAACCAGACCAAGAUCAAGUAACGCCCGUUAGAAGUACGGGCACUGUCCCAGUGGAGGUGAGAGAGAAAGAGAGCAAUGUUGAAGAGCUUCUCAACAGGCACUCUGACAAACUCAGUCUCUCUCACUCAGCACAUGGAUAUAGAGAUCGAUUGCAUCGGGGAAAUCAUGAUAGCACAACUGUGAGUACAACAGCGAUUGGCUUUCGACGGAGGUAUAUGCGGGAUACAACGGAGGGUUCGUGUGAAAAAUUUGAAAUUGGGGAAGAGAGAAGGCAAGAAUUCUACAGUCCAAAUUAUCCACAAAAUUAUCCAGCAUCGAUUGAUUGCAUUCGGGUACUCGAUGCUGGUGAGGGGAUGGUGUUGAAGCUGGAUUUCCGGGAUCGCUUUGAUCUGGAGGCGGCUAAAGACAAGGAGGAUUGCAAAUAUGACUUUCUCGAGGUAAGAGAUGGCCUGUAUGGUUAUGCGACUCAAGUUGGACUGUUCUGUGGCAAGUCAUUCCCACCGGAGAUCACGUCUAAGGGGAGGUAUCUGUGGUUACAUUUCCAUAGUGAUGAUACCAUUCAAUACAGCGGAUUUAAAGCCAUCUGGACCACUAUACCACGACCAACUGCUCCUGGGGUACCACCGGAGGCUGAGCCCUGCAUUAAGUACGUGACCCACAAGUAUGAAGCGAUGAUCAACACUACUGAGAUUGAAGAGGAGAGGGCUGUGGCGCAGAAAAACGCGCUACCACUUGACUGUCUCUGGAUCGUUGAGGCUAAACCUCAAUGGACGAUGCAAUUGAACUUUGAUUCCUUCAAACUUGACAAGCCCAACGACUGCGAUGCAAAUUUCAUGUCUGUAUUUGAUGGACGCACAGAAAUGACCGCAUUACUGAAGAAUUUUUGUGGGAGUAUCGCUGAAGCUGUUUCAACCAAAACCAGUACCAUGUUCAUUCGAUUCUACAUGGAGCCAAAAGCCAUUAACAGUACCUUCAAAGCCCUUAUGACUGCUGUGCGAGCCAAAGAGGACAAACCUUGCAUGGACGAUGAGUAUGAUUGCGAUGAUGCAACGUGUAUCGCCUGGGACUUACGAUGCAAUAAAAGACAAAAUUGUCGUCUUGGCUGGGAUGAAGAUGACUCCAUUUGUGGGAAAGGAAAAUCUCUCGCACUAGACUCCACCCGCAUCGUAAUAAUCCUCGUGAUAUUCGGUCUGAUAAUGUUCGGCCUGACAUUCGUCUUCCUCUUCAACUGCAUUAGAAAGCUCAUUCGCGAUCAUCGCAUAAUACGGGAACACAUAAGGCAGUCACGAGAGAAUCGUUUGGAUGAGAUUGGACGAAAGUCAACUCCUUGUCCGAUUUCCGUAUCACAGACGGAUCUUCGUCAGCAUGGCAGUGACUCACCGAGUCUUGAAAUUGAUUCCAACAAAGAGUUGAUACCGACAGCGACAAUAAUAGCCCAUGAGUAUACCAAGGACCUUGUUCUCGAGAUGACAUACAAUACAAAGGACAUAAUUGACAUACAUCAAAGUAACAACGUGAGUAACGCAACGCAAGAACGCCUGCAGGAAACCUCAGAAGAGCCGCAGAUGUGUGACAGUUCAUGUCAAACACGCGAGAGUCUUUUUGACCCUCGUAUACCUGAGCCAGCAGCCCCAUCCCCGGUCUUUUCAACAUUUGGCUACAGUAGUGUUAGUGGUUCUCGUAACGGUGUACAUCCGAGCAUCAGGCAAUCUUCUCGUAGUCAGACAUACAAUUCCCCAAAACACAAUCAUGGAAGCACCUCAAAGCACUCGUCGGUGUGCUCUAGCUGCAGUCCAGCAUCAAGAGGCAGGGAUACAAGUGGAACAAUCUGCCCAAGACACGCACCAAUACCAGCCCCACCUGGAUGGUCCAUCCACGAUCCACCAUAUGCAGCCGUCAUUCCAACUCAUCCAGAAGACCCUGAGUAUCUCACUUAUCAGAGAUAUCAAAGCCCAAAACCCGAGAGAGAUGCCAAAUUCUAUCAACCGGCUAUUGUUAAACAGAGGACAAUUGGUUCUGGUGAGAAGUACGGAAGUUUUUUAUACGGAUCAGAGCGUAGUUCAACCAAUACUACCAGUAAUACUAAUACAAAUAGUUCACAACACUCAGGCACUCCGAGAUGUCAAGCCUCAGAUCCGCGUUAUCGUGCCGAAGCAAUUAUCGAGGUUGACCAAAAAAGGCCUUUCAGCAUAGAGAGCACCAAGAGUGCUCCUGAUGUCAUUGCUACACACUGACAACGGGAACCAGGGGGUUGGGAGCCGUACAAAAGACGCCAUCCCCGUCAAAAGAGUGAUGACAAUGAGAUUAGCAAUACUUCAAAUCCAAUUAUGGUCAGUGUUGGUACACAAAGUUCACUGGAUGAUAUAUCAAAUUCAUCGACCCUUGGAAUCUCAUCGUCCUGAUCCACGUGUCCAAACGCAUUCCGUCCUGGGCAUAUUCAUCAACCGUCUAAUGAUUUGCUGAACGAUCUACCAAUUUUAAAACCGCCCGAGGAGUUCAGGUCGACCAUGAUUGUGCUCCAGCAUUAUUGCUGUCAUGGACAUUCGCAUUCUACUGCAGAGAAGCCAAUCAUGCGUUGCUGUUUAUUAAAACGUUGCGAGCAGGAUUCGUAUCGUACGUGGCCCAGGAGGGCAUUGAAAAAUCGAGGGAACAAAUCAAAGAGGCAAAGUACAGCCACCAGCACUUCUGGUUUAUGUCAUAUACCAUCCGAUAUUGAUCAAUCUGUCUGGACUACAGGAUCAGAGGACAAAGUAUUGGACGGUGUUGGGGCUUCGAUACCUUUUUGAGUUGAUUUAAUUCAAUUACGGGGUGUAGAAUCGUUCACGGUGGAUUGAAAGACGGAGUGCGGAUAAUAAUAGACUUCGAGUUCAACAAGAACGCACAAAAGUCAAUCGGACUCUAUUAAUUGUUCAGCUUUUUUUUGUCGACUAUGCUUUCAGGGCUAUCACUGCGGAACACAGACUUUCGCAAAAUGCUGUUUGAGAUUUAUUCUCGCAUUGUUAGAUAUCUAAUAGAUCAACAUAUCUUGCAUAGGCUAAUAACCUAAAAGAACUUGCAGAAACAUAAUAAUUUUAUUUUGGAAAACUGUAUGGAAUAGAAUUGUAUGAUUUAUUCUUUCGUUAUCAUGGAAAAACUUUGUGACCAAUCCCCUCCAUCGACAUGAUAAAAUUUUCUUAGAGGAAAAAACCUUUGGCGAAUACCGUAGGCUGAACUUUCUCACACCAUUUAUCGAUCGGUAAACAUUUCAAACAUGAAGGGGAGUAAACUUUGAGUAACUACGAUACAAUUUAAAGUGACUGAGAUUGUCUGAUUGCAGGUUUAUACGAAACUUUGUGACUACUAAAUUCUAAACAAUCUAUUUUUUCACAGUGGGUUCGAGUCGAAAGAGUGAACAUAAAAAUAAAUAGAAAGAAACGAAGAGAUAGUAUUUUCGCUUCCGAAUGGCAACUUUGUA